CCAACAUUAGUGUGCCCUCUCUUGUGCCUCAUCCAUGUUUUCCGAGGUGUUGAAUUGAAAAGACAUGUUUUCUAUGUUUGUGGACGUAGGGAAAUGACCGACUCAUAUACUGGCCAAACGGAUACCUCAUAUGGUUUAAUGGCAAUGGGCGUUGUCACCAGCGGUUGUGGACUUUUCCUUGGAUGGCAUCUCAGGGGACGUAUAGGGACUGUCAUCAUGACAGCUCUUCGGCAUAAAAGUGGAAGCAGUUUUCGUAAAACUGGCCUCUUGGGUGAAGAGGUAAAGCUGACACUCGUAGUACGAAAGGACCUAAACAUGGGAAAAGGCAAAGUAGCAGCUCAGUGUUCCCAUGCUGCUGUGAACGCAUACAAGGAGCUUCAGAAAAGAAACCCGAAUCUUCUUCAGCAGUGGGAGUUUUGUGGCCAGCCUAAAGUGGUGGUCAAGGCCGACAAUGAAGAGUCUCUACUUGAACUUUAUCGCCAAGCCAAGGAAUCAGGCCUAGUUGUCAGUUUGAUCCAGGACGCAGGGAGAACCCAGACAGCCCCAGGUUCAAAAACAGUUCUUGCUGUAGGACCAGGGCCCGAAGAUGUUGUAGACAAGAUCACAGGACAUUUAAAAUUAUAUUGAAUGUAUUGUGCGUGUCCAGGAUUCACACCUGUUCGACUUAACGUCAUACCUUUAAAUGCAAUAAAGUGUUAUUUUGUCAGCG